UAAGUCAACAGUGUGUCAAGUUUUCAUGAAGUGUAGUGCUGAAUUUUUACGGAUAUUUUUUUAGUUUAAUGAUGUUUUUUUCUCAUUUCAUGUUACAAAUUCGAACGUUUUUAUGAUCAUUUCCUCUAGGUUGUAUUUUAAUGUUAAUUCUCAGCAAACCUGACAUGAUGUCCGAAUCAGGCGACGUCCCACAGUCCUUAAGUCCCGCAGAAAGGGAUAAACCCCCAAGUAGAGUAGUAAUAGCAGAGCCGGAGGUGAGUUGCUACAGUAUUCAAGAAUGGCAGAAUAGCUGGCGGCAACAAGACUCCUACAUUAAUCUUCUAGAAAGGAAGGCGAAUCAACAAGAAGGGGACCUGGCCGAUCUUCGACUAGUCAACGAGAGGAUCAAAGGGCAGCUCUUUGAAUCUCAGCAGAGGGAGAAGAAUUUGGUUCGUAGGCUGGCUGCUAAAGAACAGGAGACACAAGACUAUGUGUGUCAAUUAAACGAGUUGAAGAGUUCCCAAGUUCCCACCACCUCAUCUUUACGGACGGUCCUAUUGGAUCCAGCAGUUAACAGCAUCCUCCACCAUCUCCAAUCAGAACUACAAGCAACUCAUUUGAAGCUGGAAGACACCCAGAACGAGCUAUCAGCAUGGAAGUUCACUCCAGACUCCAACACCGGCAAACGUCUAAUGGCCAAAUGCCGACUCCUCUACCAGGAGAACGAGGAACUCGGAAAAAUCACCAGCUCCGGACGAAUAGCGAAACUCGAAAGUGACUUAGCCUUACAAAAAAGUUUUUCGGAGGAAGUGAGAAAGAGUCAGAACGAAUUGGACUCAUUUUUGGCGGACUUAGACGAAGACGUCGAGGGUAUGCAAAGUACUAUUCUCUUUUUGCAGCAAGAACUAAAAAAAUCUAAAGAGACUAUCCAAGUAUUGCAAAAAGAGAAUAUUACUCUGAAACAGGGCUCGAACGGGAGAGCGAACGGUGACACUAGUGUGUGCGAACGGGAACAGACAGACUCAGAAAGCGAAAUGGAGCGGACACGUGGUGUUAAAAGGAUUAGGAGGUCAUCGGUAUUAAGUAUCGAUUAUAACGAAGACGACACGCUUGUUAUUAAUACUAACGGUGAUGCCGCUAUUUCGUCCGAUCCGGAGUAACAUAAACGCGAUCUUUAUACAAUUCGGCUAAAAAGCACAUUACACUUUGUUGAAAUUAAAUCUGUUACAUUAAAACAGACAUUAAAUUCGCUCCGUGCAUGACUGACGCGACACCUAGCGCCUUCACCUGACAUUUUUGGAGAUCACAAUUUGAGGUUAUAGACUAAGAGCCGCUAUAGGUGAAAUUUCUUAAUCAUUUUAGGCACGACGGGACCCUAUAACUUAAAUAGUAGAACCUAAAAGAAAACGUUUGAGCACUGUGCCGUCACUUUUCAGUGGCACAUGCGUCUACAGUGGUGCAUCAAACUUUCCACUUAUGGACGGGAUACAUAAAUUAAAAAAUACCCCCUUCAUUACCAGAAUUUAAUUUUUUUCAUUUUUUUUAAGUUCUAUGUGAUUAAGACAUAAGAUUCAUCGUAAUAUUAACCCACCACCCCCUUCUCCCUGCCCCCACCAUCAAAAACUUUAUUUUUCGAUUUUUUUUUUUGGUGGGAUGCAAUCAAUUUUAAUAUUUCAAAAAAUUCACACGCAUAUUUAAGGCUUUUAUAAAACACGUCUAUUUUUUAUAGACCUGUAGGUGGAGUGUACAUAACCUCAACAAAUUUUUUUUGGAAAAAAGUAUAUAACUUUUUUUUGGGGAUAGCUGCAGAUCUAAUUUUUUCUUAGUCUUGUGUAUUUUAUCAAACACUAUAUUUCUAAUUUUUUUCAGAUUUUUCUGUAACGCUGGUCACCUUCAAAAAUCCAAAAAACUGUUUUUUAAGAGAGUUUGGGGGGGGUUUGAACGUGUUUUUCUGAUUUUUAAAUAUUCUAAAGGACUUAGUUACUUCAAGUUAUAUAUAACCUAUAAAAACAAAAUUGAUUUGAUAUAUUAUGAAGUUUAUAAAAUAGGGAAAAUCCCCCAAAACCCCCAAAAAACAGUUUUUCGGAUUUCGGAGCCUUACGGAAAAGUCUGAAAAAAAUUAAAAAUAUAGUGUUUGAUAAAACACACAAGAUUAAGAAGAAAUUAGACCUGCAGCUAUUCCUCAAAAAAAGUUAGACGCUUUUUUGAAAAAAAAUUUCUUUUAAUUUUUUGAAGUUAUGUACACUCUACCUAUGUGUCUAUAAAAAAUAGGCAUGUUUUAUAAGAGCCUCAGCUAUGCGUGUGAAUUUUUUGAAAUUUUAAAAUUGAUUGCAUCCCACCAAAAAAAAAAUAAAAACGAAAAAUGAAGUUUUUGAUGGUGGGGGCAGGGGGAAAGGGGUGGUGGGUUAAAAUUACGCUGAAUUCUAUGUGUUAAUCACAUAGAACUAAAAAACAGUGUUCAAACGUUUUCUUUUAGGUUCUACUAUUUAAGUUAUAGGGUCCCAUCGUGCCUAAAAUAAUUAAGAAAUUUCACCUAUAGCGGCUCUUAGUCUAUUAAGGAUAAUAAAUACAUCUUAUGAAGUUGCAAAUUAUUAAUAAUUAGUUUUUUAACGAUACUUUUCCAAUUUAUGUAUAAAAUGGAAGUAGUAUGUAUUUAGAAUUGGGUUAGUAAAAAUUCAUCACAAUUUUGAAACCCCAAUUCAAUCCCAAACGGAACAGGAAGGGAAAAAUCUAUCCUCGUUUUUAAACUAGGAGGAGUAAUUCAAAUUUGCCGCGUUGUAAUGCUUGUUUGUAAUUGGUACAACCGCAGGCAAGUUUAUUCCACUAAAUUAUGAAAUUUUGACACUGAAAAUUUAUGAAAUUUUGUCACUAUUCACAUUUAAAAUUCGUAGGUUAAUUAAGUUAUAUCGGCGAUUUUUUGUGUUUUCUGAGUUAUUCCUUUAAUUUUUAGAUUUUUAGUCUGCAUGCAAAUAAAAAAAAACUUGUUUUUAGAGCUCUUUAGCGAAUUGUUAUUAAUCUUAUAAUUGUCUUAUACCUACCUACUGAUUACUAGAUUAUUGUCAAAGGCCGACUUGGUCAACCAGAAAAGAAGAUGAAUCGAGUGAUUUUUAUGGUGACAUUAUUUGGUUUGAAUGUAUCUUUUGAGCUUAUUCCUCCUAGUUUAAAUCUUUUCUCCAAUUUAUUUGUCAUUAUUGGAGAUCUAUAGAAAUUACUCUUAAUAUUCUGGAUAUUAUUAGCACAAUUAAAUACUUACGCAACAUUUAUUUACCAUUUUUGAUCAAAUUUGAUCGCUGCUCACUGGCAUCGUUUCAGGGUACCCCACCAUUGUCACGCACGGAGCGAAUAGAAAUAUUGUAAAAUAAUUGAUGAUAUUUAUACUGAUUCAAAAAUUUAUCUAAGUUAUAAAAAGAAAAUAAACACAUAGAAUGUUAUACAUUUUGUUUCUAAAGACGAUUGUCCACAGGGAGACUAAAGGGCCCCAUUCACGUUGAGAUCGAUAUCGAUACGGCGAUACCUUCUGAUGCAGCGAUACUGAGACAGCCAAAUACACUGUGAGAUUUGUAUCGAGAUACUGAUACGACAUGUAUCAAUACCGAUCUCGGCGUUAAUGAGACCCUUUAAAAUCUCUUGAGAUUUUUGUUUCAUGAGAAAUUUAUUUCUGAUAUCAAAAAUUAAUACCCAUUUUUAAUUUCGUUGUAACACGAAACUACAGCCGCAUCAUUAUUCCAGUUCAAUCAGAGAGUGCAGCAAGCACCUCUACCGGUUUCGAAACUUAUUAGUCUCUCAUCAGGAGGCACAUAUGCUGCUUUCUCUGACCCAACUAGGACAAACCCCGGCGUGCAGUCUGCAGUCACGGAUUGCAACGAACGAAAUGGCAGGCAUGCCCUAGCGGCAACUACUAGCAAAAGACUAAGUUUUCAAUCUAAUAGCACAUAAAACAACACCAAAAGAUGUUACUCUACAUCCUACCAGACUGAAAACAAUGGGAACCUUCUCUGGUAACACCUCCGAGGCUUCUACAAUUUGCAAGCCAUAACGGAUGCUAAGUAACAUUGCUUUCAGUCUGGCAGGAUGUAGAGUAUCAUUUUUUGGUGUUGUUUUAUGUGCUAUUAGAUUGAAAACUUAGUCUAUUUCAGAUAUGUUUCCACACAACAUGAGAUGUUUCUCUGAUCUGAGCUUUUGCGAAUCGAGAGUUUACUCUUGCAUGAGACAAGGGUUCUCUGACAGCACUCUUAAAUUAUUGUGAGUUGUAAAGUGAUUUUCAAGAUGGGCAACUAAUAAAGAUGAAGAAAAGCUGUCUUCUAUUACCUUCUAAAAGAAACUAUUACCUUACCGUUAAGUUUUUUAAUAGAAAUAGAAGGACUCAUCGAUAUUGGGUGAGGGAUUGGUUAAAAGAAGAUCAUGGAAACAUUGGAAGAACUGGAACGGAAAGAUGCAGAAUGUUAUAAAAACUUUAUUAGAAUGUCCGACGUUGAUUUUCAAUAUUGGUGAAUAAAAUAAAGUUGGAAUUCCAAUUUGCAGCCCCACAAAUUGGAAUAAGAUUCAUACAACUUUAUUAACAGUUAACAUUACAUUCUUUCUUUUAACACCCCUUUAAUCAAUCGGUUUACUCAUUUUUUUAAUUUUUAUCUCACGACACAACAGUUUGACUUAAGUGCAGCAUGUGGAAUCAUCAUUGAAUGAAUCAGAGCGAAUCAGGUUCAUUCAGGCCUAUUAUGUAACUACAAAUCAAUAAAAAUGAGUCAAAUCGAAUAGAGGUCAGCAAAUCGGAUCGGAAUUUUGCAGGAAUUGGUAUUCUGUAACUCAUAUCGACCUCUACUAUCGGAACGUUGGGUAGAAAUUGAUUUCGACUAUACAAGUCCUGUCGAGAUCAUAUUUCGACAUUGUAAUUGGUCUUUACGCUUGCGCAUUGGCAUUAUUAUUGUUGUUUUGACGUUUAUUUGUUAAACUAAUUAGCGAUUUUAGUCUGUGUUGUUACUUAUUUAGAUAAUUGUAUAUUUAAUUUGGUACACGACAAUUAGACCGAACUCAUUAGACCGAAAAGCACUUUACCGAAACCUCACUAGACCUAACUGCAUUAGACCGAAAUGGUAAAUAAAUUUAAAAAGUUUGCAGUAAAGUAUGCUAAUAUUUUGUAUAUCUGUCUUUUUGUUUAUUGUAUUUUUUUGUAUUAUUUUAUAUAUAGACUGUGUAAAUUGUUACUCUGUACAGUCUGAUAUGAAAUAAUUUUCAUCCGUUAAACAAAUUAGUGACGGUAAAAAUAAAUUAAGGGUAGAGUGACGUGAACACCAUUUUAACUGUUUAUAAUAACCAUCCAAAUAACAUUUAGUUGUAAUUACAUUAGUCUUAUCUCUUUUACUGCGACAAGUAAAAAGAACUGCUUUUCGGUCUUCUGCUGUUCGGUCUAGUGAGGUUUCGGUAAAGUGCUUUUCGGUCUAAUGGGUUUGGUCUACUGCUUUCGGUCUCUUUACAGUAAACCAUUUAAUUUUAUAUACCAAUAAUUUAAUUGUAAAGCAUCCAGGUUAAUAGGAAUCAUUAAACAUUUUAAGAAUUGUUAGUCCAAUUAAUUUACUGGUAGAAUGCGUAGAUUUGAACGUAUCUAGUGUGCUUCAGACGAAAAACCAAAAUUUUUCUUAGGGAUAAAACUUACUUUUACCGUGCAAUAAUAUUUUAUGUUCAGAGAUAAAGUCUACUAUCUAAUUUAAAUGCACAGCAGAUGUUUUUUCUUCGGUGUUCGUGUUCCCAUCGGUGUUUCACUUGCCAUUUUUUAUUCUUGUUGUGUUGAAUUUGUCAAACUUAAACAAAACCAUCCAAAAUAAACCACAAUUUCUUCUUUUUUGAUGAAUUCUUCGCACAGAACACUUAUUUCACUUUGCAGUGCGGUGUUGCCACCUCCUGAGCGCGUCAACUAGAAGUUAGCGUUUUCGAUUUACACGGAUUACGAUGUGAAUUACGGAAUGCCAAUCCAAAAACGAAAACAUCUGUUCGAUUUGUUAAAAGUUACCGAAUAGGGCUGAUUAGAUAGGAAGAGGGGAAGCAGUGUUGCCAUGUAUAGGAUGUAUGUCUAAUACAAAACUAAACCGUCUGUAUCAUAUUGUCAAAGUGUAUUGUGCUUGCAAGCGGGAAACUAAAUGUAUGUAACUUCUUUCGGUGGAUGAGUUGUAGUAGUACUGUUAUACGAACUUUUGCCGUCACAAAACGGAAGGAGACUAAUUAUUAUUAUUGAGACAUUGAUAAUUUAAAAACUUGUAAAAUAGGACUCAGAAGUUUGAAAAAUUGUUAUGACAAACACAAUUCUGAUUGUUUAUCAAAGGCUGGUAACUAAACAAAGCAAAAUCUUCUACUCCUAAAUAAAUAUUUUUUUAUUACGUUGGUUGACGAGAUCUAUAUUAGUUUGCUUUGUUUAUUUUCUGCUUUUUUACUUUAUAUAAAACAAGAUUGAAAAUUUAGAUUUUUUUAAGUUGUUGAAACAUGAUAAUUAAAUUGACAAUUUUA